CGCAUUCGCCUCUCUAUGUGACUCAUAGGUGCCUUCGUGCCUUCGUUUAUAAUUCUCUCUCUAAAAUCUCUUGAAACUUGUAUGCAUUUGCCCCUCUCUCUCUACAAGCAAUCUGGUCUCUUUCUCUCUACAAACCUACCGCGCUGCGCUCUCUCCCUCUUCAAAUUAUGCAUUCCUUUGCCGCUCUUUGCAAGCACUGCGUCUCCUCCACUUUCUCUCUCCUAAUCCCUACAGUAUCUCUCCCACUUUCUCUCUCCUAAACCCUACAUUCUCUCUCUCUCUCUCUACAAAUUAAAACCUUUCUGCACCUCUCUCCCUUUCUUUCUCUUCAAAUCAACUGCACAUCUCUGUCCCUCUCGUGCAACUUCAAAUUCAGAGACUUCCAUUUUUCUCUGUCUAAGAUCAUGAAUCUCUGCAAGUUUUCUUUUGAUUUCCCACUCUGUGCUCUGUAAUGCUUGCGUUUAAGCCAUGGAGCUCACAGAUGAGCAGAGAAAGAGGGCUGAGGCCAAUAGGCUUGCUGCUCUCGCCAAGAAAAGGCAGAGAGAAAACCCCAAUUCAUGGCAGCUUUUCAAGUGCCGAAAGGUUUCAAGAAGCUCAUCCGAGAGUGAGAAAGCUGCAGAGAAUGAAAAUAAGAUAACAGAGAAAGCAUGCGAAGGUUUUAGGGUUAAUAUUGAGAUUUGUUCAUCUGAUGGGUUCUCCAUGGCUAUUGAGCGAGUUCCCGGGUUCUUUUACUACAGAGAAACGGAGUUUCAGCAGAGGGUUGAGCCUUGUCUUUCUUCGGUUGUUCCUCUUCGCUAUGUUGAAGUCGGGGGUCGUGGAAAGGUACCUGUUUAUAAGCUCAAGGACUAUGAUUUGGUGGUGAGAUGCCUAAAGAAAAUCCCAAGAAUUCAAUUGCAAGAGAUACCUUGGAGAACACUUGCAGUAGUUCAAAAAUUAUCUUAUUCCUCUAUUGGAGGCAAGUGGAUUCCAUGCAUGCCAAAUCAUGUGUCAGACGAUGAAGUAGAUGCAUUGCUAGGAAAGUUGCCGAGAAAGUUACGAGAUUUGCUUCUACCAUUUCAAUUAGAUGGUGUUAAAUUUGGUUUACGAAGAGGUGGGCGCUGUCUCAUUGCUGAUGAAAUGGGGCUUGGGAAAACCAUUCAGGCAAUAGCCAUUGCAUGUUGUUUUAUGAGUGAAGGUCCUGUUCUUGUUGUAUGCCCAGCCAUUUUGCGGUAUUCUUGGGCAGAAGAACUGGAGCGCUGGCUUCCAUUUUGUUUACCAGCAGAUAUUCAUCUCGUUUUUGGCCAUCAAAAUAAUCUUGGGAACUUGACAAGAUGCCCCAAAGUAGUUGUUAUCUCCUACACAAUGCUUCAUCGUUUGCGAAAGAGUAUGCUAGAGCAACAAUGGGCAGUUAUGAUUGUGGAUGAGUCUCACAAUGUCCGAUGUACUAAGAAAAUGAUAGAGUCCCAAGAGACAAAAGCUGUUCUUGACAUGGCAACCAAUGUGAAUCGCAUAAUCUUGCUUUCGGGAACUCCUUCAUUGUCAAGGCCUUAUGAUAUCUUUCAUCAGAUAAAUAUCCUAUGGCCAGGGUUGCUAGGCAAAGACAAAUAUGAGUUUGCGAAAAUCUAUUGCUCCAUGAAGAUAAUCCAAGGGAUCCAAGGGAAUUCUUAUAAGGAUUUUUCAAAGGGUGUUCGCUUGCAGGAGCUUAAUGUGCUACUCAAGGAAACAGUUAUGAUAAGGCGGAUGAAGGAGCAAGUGAUGGUACAACUACCACCUAAACGCCGCCAGAUCAUUAGAUUAAAGUUGAAACAAUCGGAUAUUAAUGCUGCAAUGGAAGCUGUAAGGGGCGGCACAGGGUUGUGCAUGGAUAAUGAAUGCAAUUGUAGAUCUAUGUUGCACUCUUCCCCUUGCCAUAAUGGUCCUAAUGGUGCUCCUUCAGAUAAUUGCUUUGAAUCAAAAGAUAUUAGGACUCAGCACAGUACUUCGAGAGAGAUGUCAUAUCAAGAGAUAGGCAUUGCAAAGCUAUCUGGAUUUUGUGAGUGGCUUUCGAACCAUCCAGUUUUCAUGGAAGCUGAGGAUGUACAAAUUUCUGACAAGGGACCAUGCUUCCAGAAAAUGAUCAUUUUUGGGCAUCAUUUGAAGGUUCUUGAUGGAAUACAGGAUGUCACUUGUCGGAGGGGAGUUGAUUUUGUCCGUAUUGAUGGGAGCACACUUCCUAGAGCUAGGCAGAUGGCAGUGGAAGCUUUUCGUUCAAGGGCUGAGGUGAAGAUCGCAAUAAUUGGUAUCACGGCUGGUGGAGUUGGACUGGACUUUUCCUCUGCUCAAAAUGUGGUCUUUGUGGAGCUUCCAAAAUCUGUUUCAGAAUUGCUUCAGGCUGAGGAUAGGGCUCAUAGGAGAGGACAAUCAAAUGCUGUCAAUAUUUAUAUCUUUUGUGCAAAGGGUACCUCGGAUGAAGCACAAUUGCAACGUUUAAACAAAAGUUUAUACCGUGUUUCAACUAUGAUGAAUGGAAGAGAUGAUGCUAUACAGGAGAUAAAGGUUGACACAGUCCAAAGUCUAGAUUUUCUGGAUGAUUUUGGGGCCUCCAAUGAGAAUGCCUUUACCAAAGAAAACAUGAAAGUAAAUUAUUUAAAUCAGGAUUCGGUCAGUAGGUUCGUUAAGUGCAGUGCCGAAGAUGAAAGCAUGCCCAAGGCCAAGGGUGAUGCUACUUCUUUCUCCAAAUUCGAGCCAACAAAUUCUCAAUUAUCUCCAGCAAAUGAGAAAAUGCAGACUGAGGAAGCACCCAGUGAAGCAUCUAUAAUCGGUAAAAGUGGAGUUGGACAACAGAUUGAAGCUGAUGGAUUUGGCUCCAUUUCUCCAAACUCACUUCGGUUUGAGGUAAGUCGACAUACCGGAAGGGUGCACUUACACAUAUGCAUUCCAGGUGAGGAUUCACGACCAAGGCUUCUUUCUGAAAACUUUAGGCCAGAGGAUCUGGAGUCACACAGUUUAUGUACUAGUACUAUGAACAAGGAAGCCAUGCCAAUACAGGAGAAUCCGAUAUAUAGGGAUGUUUUGCUUGCUUUCCUAAAGGAAUGGAACAAUCUAAGACCUGUUGAGCGGAGUAAAUUGCUGGGAAAACCCCUGCAGCUGCCUUUGGAUCUUGAGCUCUACUAUUUGAAGGAAGAGCGCAACCAUGGAUCUGGAGGACUGUUGAAAGGCAAAAGUAGAAGGCGUUUUACUCCUCUAAAUGAGCUAAGUUGUGCUCUGCCUGAGAAUGCAAUGUGGAAAAAGAUCACCCUUAGUAGCGGCCAUCCCAAUAAGGAGAAAGAAUACAUGCAGGCCUGGACCAUAGCGGAUGAGCCACUUUGUAAACUCUGUCAAAAACUUUGCACUGGCCACCUCUCAAAGGAACCAGAGUUUUUUGAGGAUCUCUUUUGUAAUUUAUGCUGCUAUGAGGAAUACAGGAUAAGAACUAGCCAACAAGCACUAAGAGAGGCACUUUUCCAGAUUGAGCAGGGUGUUUGUACUAACUGCAAGUUAGAUUGCCAUAAGCUUGUUAAAUGUAUAAAGCCCUUAUCUGUUAAUACUCGAAGAGACUAUGUUCAAAAGGCUGCUCCCAAUGUUGCCAAGCAUAAGAGCUUGUUGGACAAGCUCAUCCAUGAACCCGUAGAAGGCAAUGCAUGGCAUGCAGACCAUAUUGUUCCAGUCUACAAAGGGGGUGGGGAAUGCACCUUAGAGAACAUGAGGACAUUAUGUGUUGCUUGCCAUUCUGAAGUUACAGCUGCUCAAAGAGAUGAAAGAUGCAUGUUGAGAACCAAGGCUAAAGAGCAACUCAGGGUCUUAAUACUGGAGCUUAAAGAUGGAGCCAACGAGGAGCCACUCAAGUUAAUGGAAAGAGUGCUAUUGGAGGAGCAAAAUUGUGAAGAUGAUGAGCUGUUGGUUGAUGUUCCUGGGAGCUCAUAUUCCAUAACAACAAAGCAUGAUACAGAUGUCACAUGAAAAUACCCCGCCUAAAAUAUAUUUUUUGAUAUGGAAAAUCUUUUCUCGGCUAUAAUGGAGGCCAAUAUAAGAGGGGUAAAGCUCCCUGCUCCCCUCUUAUUUUCCUCUUUUCUUUUUUUUUGGUCCCCUAUUCCGAGUAGGGGAGGGGGGUGGGGGUAAGAAGUAGGGGGUUAUAGGGUAGUGUAAUUUUAAAUGCAGCCUCUUGAUUUAAGUGCUUCUUCUCAAUUUUGAAUGCAGCCUCUUGAUUCAAGUGUAUUAUUGUUAUUAUUUUUUGACAGGAGGUCCUUAAUGUAUGUGUAACAAGUGGGUUAUUAUGGCUUUCAUAAACAUUAACAAAGGCCAAGAAAUUCUUUUUGGAAAAUAUACAUUUUCAUGUUACAGCGUGGGAAUUCACCUCCCUUGAGGUUUAAUCGCAUGGUGUGCGUGGUAUUGGGUUA